GUUGCAUUGUCUAGUGGAAGGGCGUCUCUGAUGCCCUUUAGACUUCUACCGGGACACUAGUGCGGGAAGGCACUGACUAGAGGGCAGCCUGUCAACGCGCUCUUCUCCUUGGGUGUCAUUGUGUGGUAGCUGCAGCGCAGGUUGUAGCUGGCCCUUAAUGCGGCCCAGAGAAAGAUCAUAGUCGAAAGUCUCCUCGUUUCAAAGGUCAUCUCAACUCGCACUCAAGUGUGGAGUAGCUGAGCACUAUACCCCCACCACGUGUUGCGGCCUCAGCUUGAGUCAGCUUCUUCAAUCACCUCUGAGAGCGAAUGGCCGACAACAAGCCGGAAGGGGCUUCGGCCCCUACCACAAAGCCCAAGAGCCACAUCGGGGGACUUGCAGCUCAUGGAGGGGUUCCGAACGUCACCCCUUUUGAGCAAUCUGCAAGCAAGCUCUCCCAAGACAAGUCUGGCGCCGACCAUGUCUGGGCCCAGCUGGAGUCACAGCCGACCAACAUCCGGUUAAGAACGUCCGUCCUCGAGCACUAUGACGAGGCCUCGGAGGCGCUCACUGUGGACGAGACGACGGGCCGCUUCAAGACGGUGGACAUCCAAGACAUCGCCAACAACCAGGAGUUGCGCCUCAAGGCCGUCGAGCGCGCCGGCUACAUGUGGCUGCAGAAUCUCAGGGACCGGUUUGACAGGGUUGGCAUCCCCCAGCCCUCGGUGGAAGUCCGCUUCCAGAAUCUGACGGUGGACGCCAAAGUGCUCAUGGGCGCUAACAAUCUGCCCACACUGCCCAACUCCGUCAUCAGCUUUUUUGACGGCGUCCUGGGCAUGUGUGGCGCAAACCUGACGAAGAAGGAGCCCUUCCCCGUGCUCAAGAACGUGAGCGGGGUCGUCAAGCCAGGCCGUAUGACGCUCCUCCUGGGCCCCCCAGGCUGCGGCAAGACCACACUGCUGCUGGCGCUUUCGGGCCGCCUCGCGGGCGGCGUGACAUCGACCGGAUCUGUGACGUACAACGGGCACACGUUCGACGAGUUUGUGGCGCGGCGCACCGCGAGCUACGUCGCCCAGACGGACACGCACAUUGGAGAGCUGACCGUUCGUGAGACGUUCGACUUUUCGGCGCGCAUCCAGGGCGCAGGGGCCAGAGAAAAGAUGCUGCGCGACUUGCUGCGGCGCGAGAAGGAGCAGAAGGUUCUUCCCGACCCCGCGAUCGACGCGUUCGUCAAGGCGAGCGCGCUGGAAGGCACCAAGCACCACAUCAUGACGGACUACAUCCUCAAGAUGCUGGGCCUCGAUGUGUGCGCGGAUACAAUCGUGGGGAACGAGAUGCUGCGCGGUAUUUCGGGCGGGCAGAAGAAGCGCGUCACCACAGGCGAGAUGCUGGUUGGCCCGAUGAACGUGCACUUUAUGGACGAAAUCUCGACGGGGCUGGACAGCAGCACGACCUUUGAGAUCGUGCAGAGCCUGCAGCGCUACUGCCACAUCCUGGAGACCACCGUCUGCAUGGCGCUCCUGCAGCCCGCGCCCGAGGUCUUCGAGCUCUUCGAUGACAUCUGCCUGCUGUCCGAGGGCCACGUGGUCUACUUUGGCCCCCGCGAGCGCGUCCUCGAGUUCUUCGAGCUGUGCGGGUUCAAGAUCCCCGGGAGGAAGGGCGUCGCUGACUUCCUGCAGGAGGUCACCUCCAAGAAGGACCAGCAGCAAUACUGGUACCGCAAGGAGCCGCACCGCUUCGUGACGGUCCAGGACUUCGUCGACAAGUUCGCCCAGUUCGAGGUUGGCCAGCUGACGUCAGCGCACCUCGCGACGCCGUUCGAAAAGGAGAAGAGCAACCCGCUGGCGCUCGUGAAGGAGCGAUACGCGCUCAAGCCCAUGGAGAUGUACAAGGCGAUGUGGGACCGCGAGAUCAUCCUCGCGCGCCGCAACUCCUUCCUCUGGAUCUUCCGCGGAACAAUGUGCGGCAUCGUGGCGUUCAUUACCGCGUUCCUGUUUCUCCGCACGACGCUGGACCCGAACAACAUCGGGGACGGCCAGCUGUAUCUGGGCGUUAUCUUCUUCAGUCUCCUCUUCAUGGUCUUCUCCGGACUGUCCAACAUCGCGCUCACGGUGCAACGGCUGCCGGUCUUCACCAAGCAGCGCGACAACCUCUUCUUUCCUGGAUGGGCCUUCGCGCUCCCGACUACGCUCCUCGAGCUCCCCUACGCGGUCAUCGAGUCCGUUGUCUGGUCCGUCAUCGUGUACUACAUCGUCGGACUCGCGCCGGAGCCCGCGCACUUCUUCGUCUUCAUUCUCAUCCUCAUCUGCCUGCAAAACCUGUGCACCGCGCUGUUCCGGCUGGUGGGCGCGCUCGGGCGAUCGAUGGUGACCGCCAACACGGGCGGAACCGGAAUGUUUGCGAUCCUGCUCGUCUGCGGAGGCUUCGUGCUCGCCAAACAGGACAUUAAGCCUUGGUGGGUGUGGGCCUACUGGAUCAGCCCGCUGACGUACGCCCAGAACGCGCUGGCGGCCAACGAGUUCAAGGCGCACCGCUGGAACCUGCCCAACGACUCCAACAGCACCACUGGCGGCGUGACACUUGGCGACGCCGUGCUCAAGCAACGUGGCCUGCACACCAACGUGAACUGGAUCUGGAUCGGGGCCGGCGUGCUGGUCGCCUACUACUUCAUCCUCAACACGCUGCUCGUCCUAGUCUUCAAUCGGGUCCCAGGUUUCCACAUGACCGCUGGCGCUCUCCCCGAGGAGCAGGUCAUCGAGCGCCGCAAGGGCAGCCGCCACGACAAGGUGCACACGCUGGCCUCCAUCGCCGAGGACGGCAGCGAGACUGGGAAGAGCGCCACGAGCAACGGCGCCGUCGCAAUCGAGAUGGGGUCUGCCGCAAUGGCCCCGCCCUCAGGAGAAGUUCGCCCGCAUGACGCUGUUGCGAUCGACGUCGCCCCGAGCGCCCGCCCGCUCCAGCAGAACCGCAGCAGAGCGGAGUACACCGUCAGUUUCAAGCGCAGUUUGAGCUCCGCUCAGCGGUCCCUGGGCACCGCGCAGCGCUCCCUGGGGCAGCCUCACCACUCCGGGCUGGACUACCGCAAUAGCUUCCUCUCCGCAGACGGCGAGCGGAAGAAGGGAAUGGUCCUGCCGUUCGAUCCGUUGGUGAUGACGUUCCACGACGUCAGCUACAGCGUGGACAUGCCCGCGGACAUGCGCGCCCACUCGGGCGCGGAGAAGGGCGCCAAGUUGCAGCUGCUGCACCACGUGAGCGGGGCGUUCCGCCCGGGGGUGCUGACGGCGCUCAUGGGCGUCAGCGGAGCCGGAAAGACGACGCUCAUGGACGUGCUGGCCGGCCGUAAGACGGGUGGCUACAUCGAGGGUGACGUCCGCAUCUCCGGACACCCCAAGGUGCACGAGACGUUCGCACGAGUGUCCGGCUACGUGGAACAGUUCGACAUCCACUCUCCCCAGGCGACCGUCCGCGAAGCGCUCAUCUACUCUGCGUGGCUGCGCCUGCCGGAGGAGGUCGACAAAGGGACGCGUGAGCUGUUUGUGGACGAGGUUAUGGAGCUGGUCGAGCUAACCACGCUGCGCGACGCGCUGGUCGGGCUGCCAGGGAUUACCGGGCUUUCGGUCGAGCAGCGCAAGCGGCUCACGAUUGCGGUCGAGCUUGUGGCCAAUCCCUCCAUCAUCUUCAUGGAUGAGCCGACGUCGGGCCUGGACGCCCGCGCGGCGGCCAUCGUGAUGCGCGCCGUGCGCAACACGGUCAACACGGGGCGCACCGUCGUGUGCACCAUCCACCAGCCCAGUAUUGACAUCUUCGAGUCCUUCGACGAGCUUCUCCUUCUCAAGCGGGGGGGCCACGUGACCUACUUCGGGCCUCUCGGCCGCGACUCCGCGCUCCUCGUCGACUAUUUCCGCAAGAUUGAGGGGGUUCCCCCGAUCAAGGAGGGCUACAAUCCGUCCACGUGGAUGCUGGAGGUCAGCACGCCGGCCAUGGAGGAGAAGGUCGGCGACUUUGCGGAGCACUUCAGGAAAUCGGCGCUGUUCCAGCAAGCCGAGGAGUUGAUUGCCGAGGAGGCAAAGCCCGCGGAGGGCAGCGCUCCGCUCGCGUUCGACCGCGUGUACGCGCGCAGCUGGGCCGUCCAGUUCCAAGCGCUCCUGUGGAAGUUUUCCAAGACGUACUGGCGCUUCCCGGAGUACAACGCGAUCCGUUACCUGCUGACGCUCAUGCUGAGCCUGCUGAUCGGGACCAACUUUUUGAACCUGGGGUCCAAGAGAAGAACCCAACAGGACGUGCUCAACGUCAUGGGCGCUCUGUUCAUCUCAGUCAUCCAGCUGGGUGUGAAUAACGCCCAGAACGUGCAGCCCGUGAUCGCCAUCGAGCGCGCCGUCAGCUACAGAGAGCGGCCCGCCGGCAUGUAUGCGCCACUGCCGUAUGCUCUUGCAGCGGGCGUCGUGGAGAUUCCCUACUGCCUGGCCCAGACGGCGCUGUACACGCUGAUCGUGUACAGCCUGAUCAACUUCAUCUGGACCGCCGCCAAGUUCUGGUGGUUCUUCCUCUUCAUGUUCCAGACGCUCUUCCUCUUCACCUACUACGGCAUCAUGUCGAUCGCGAUCACGCCCAACGUGCAGAUCGCGCAAGUCACGUCGAUCCUCUUCUACUUCCUCUGGUGCCUCUUCUGCGGGUUCCUCAUCCCUCAGCCCGCCAUGCCGGGCUGGGUCGUGUGGCUGUACUACAUCAACCCGAUGGCGUGGUCGCUGUACGGAGUCGUGGGCUCGCAGCUGGGUGACAUCACCGACGAGACCAUCAGCUACGCGGACGGCACGGUCGUCACAAUCAAGGCAUUCUGCGAGGACUUUUUCGGUUUCAAGCACGAGCUGCUCGGCAUGGUCGUGGGCAUCAUGUUCGGCAUGACCGUCAUCUUCUUCCUCGUGGCCACGUGGGCGCUGCGCUACCUCAACUUCCAAAACCGUUAAGGGUUCACGCACCGCUGGCGGGUACUGAAAUUGGAUAAACCGUUUUUAGAUUCAAUACCGCCUGGUUUUUACGUAGAAAGGGUCUGGACUAUGACUGGGUUGCAAGUUCUCGCUAUAUGAGACCCGGCGUGUUGGAUGUCUACAUCAAGGCGUCGGUUGAUUCUAUUUUAUAAGGGUCUGUUGUCGCAAGUAUCGUUUAGUGGAGCGUUGAGAGCGCUAGCAAUAGCUUUUGGAAGCGCGAUACCGGCAAUUUUUAGCCUAAUUUGUAUGCCAAGUUUUGGCUAACCACAGUAGAGUUGCGUGUUGGCACUUUGGCUUGCACGGUUGCAUUCGUUGGCGUAGACAGAUGGUGGACACUUUCGCUGUUACUGGUCGGGAUAAAGUAUUUCCGGAUACGGUGUAGUUCGAAACCCUCUCCACAUGUCGAACAAGCAUUUGGAGGCUGAUGUCGCCAAUCAUUGUGAACAGUGAGCAUCAAUCUUUGCAAGGAGUAGCACCUUAGCACUUGCUUCACGUGAUAAUUGCUACUUUUGCCCCAGAACCUCUCUGUAAAUUCAUCUGGAAACUUAUCGAAUGAUUUCAGGGU